AUGCACUACACAGCGCCGCCUCCACGGUCUUCUACUGGCCGGACGAAAACUGAGCAAGUUGUGCUCGAAUUUCUGUACAAAGCGGCAGAGUUAAUUGUUCAAAGUCGCGUGAACUUCCACACCGAACCAGAUUUACGUCGUGGCAGUCGUCGAGCUCGAUUUAAUCUCGAUAUUGAGGAGGUCCAAGUCGUUCGAGAUGCUAUGACUGCUUGGAAGAAAGAUGUCACUUUACCGCUAGCUAUUGAUAUAUUCUGGGAUGCAGGUAGUCAUAAAGUUUUGCUUGAGCGCUGGAGUGUCACUUUUGCAGUAGAUGAAGAGAGUUCAACUGCUCAUAUGAGCUCGACACAUGAUGUGAUUCAGCAAUUAAAAGAGGUGUGCAAGAGAAUCAGUGUUUUGCUACGUGCGCUCUUUUCAUUCAUGCGACAGCUUCCAGCGCACCGUCUUUUCACACAAUCCUAUCCUUCCAUGCUCAGCUACACAAUGCACGCUACACCAACAAGUGAAGCAAUGCGCGUUGCGUUUGAAACGCAGCAUGUUGCUACAAGCGGAUACUCAUUCAUUCCUAUUGUGACUCCAUUCGGGGUGUUGAAAGUAGCUGCAGUCUAUCGACGUGAUUGUGAUCAAUUUACACAGAAACAAGGACUCGUGGCACCGUCACGAAUUUUGCAAGAUAACUUUAUCAUACAGGAUUACGUACCUGAAUUUCCAGACUUAGCGUCUGCGAGCGCACCUGUCACGAGCGCAGCGAUGAAGAAUCCACCCUUGCGAAAUAUGAAUUCGCACACUGGCUCGUUUGUACCAGUGAGUGAUGCAGAGAUACUGAGUGAGGAUAUCAAAACUCAGCAUCGUCGAUCAUCUCCUCUCUCAAUUCCAGCGUCCGCACAGCAGCAAUCGAGCACAGAUGAUUCAAAUGACAGCCAAAGAGACGAUGAGUUGCAAACACAAAUAGGAAUGUCAAAGCCGAUGGCUAUCCCUCGUGUGAGUAGUAAAGGCGGUAUCGCUGUUGCUGCUAAUCGAGAUAUGGAUGCAGUCAUUAAGCAUGCACAUUCUUAUGGAGGUGAAAACGAACUACGUCUUCGAAAUUCCGUCACAAAUCCGAAUGUGGCAGCAGCACCGUAUGGAUACGGAAAUGUCACGAUCGAACGAGACCAUGAACGCUCAUCGUCACCUUCUCUUGCAUUUCAGCACCGACAACAACUACUAUGGGAGGGACAUGGUGAUCGUCAUGAUAAUGCGACCGAACUACAUUCAUCUCAGCGAUCAUCUGAUGAUGGUAUCCAUCUUGACACAAGCACAAGUACUGCAGCCUAUCAUUGUAUGCCGACGCCACCUCGUCAUCCGAAGACAGUCGCGUCACUUAGACAUAACUCUCCAGCACUCAUGCGUAAAUUGUCUUCUGAGCACAACCCUGCCACAGGAUCGUUCGAACGAUUUUCCCUUGAUAGUGGUUCGUCCCCGCAACUACAGCAGCAAAGUGUUCCACGUCGAAAAACGUCGUUUAGUGGUGCAUUUAUCUCGGAUAGCUUUGAAUCCAUUUCCUUUACAACCCUUGCAGGGGGAAUUGAGCGUUCUCAACAAUCAGAAAACAAUAAAUCUGCAACGAUAGCCGCUACAGAGGCGACAGCGAUUUCAAUGAAUUUACGGACAAUGCCCCAUGCACCUGCGGAAAAUUUAACCGCUGUAACGGUAAGCCCGCCAUUUCAAGCAAAUCCUAGUGAAUUACUGUCCGUUUCUCCGGGUUAUGUGUAUACCAAGAGUCAGCUACGUUCCAACUCGAGUAAUUUGCCGACAUUUGUCACGACAGAUCGAUUUCAGCGGGCUGUAUACGAUAAAAAGAAUUCAUCACCCGCAAGAAUAGUUGCUAUAGAACACCGCAAUUUUUCGCCUGACUUUGGAAACAGUGGUGUCACCACGUGGGGAUUUUCACCAGAUACUCCUGAUUCCUUCGGUUUUGCGCUCUCAAGUGAUAGCAGUUCGUCUGUUCGUCCGUCGUUUUCGCAUGGUAGCGCUGAUGAAAUAGAAGAUCAACAUGGUGAUUUGGAUCCCUUAAAUCUGCCUUUUGUGAUCAGUGAUGGGUUAUCAAGCGCUACUACGACCGUCGAUUCAGUCUCAACAGAACAUGGUAGCACAUUGAGCCCGUCGUUGAAUACUGCAUCGGUUGGAAACUUUCUUCAUCAAUUGAAGAACGCACCGCGCUUAAGCAAGUCUUUGUCUACACUCGCACCACUCAAUUCACCAGGAAAAACAGGGAAAGUCUUUGACACAAAGCAUGAAGCUGCACUGGCCUCUAUGUUUGACGAUGAAUUAGCAAAUUAUCGUAAUUUGCGCGAUGAGUUAGCGCGAUUGCUUUAG